CGGCCCGGUAGUCGGCUGUAGACCACGUUGCGUGCCGUGGAGACGACGUACAGAGGACCCGUUUCCGGGACUUGUCCAGAUCGCUGCGACUCUGCUCGGACGCCCUCGAGUAAUUGCUGUUAAUUCUAUUUAAAAUGGGUGUAAAGAAGAAGAGAGAAAUGCAAGUUGCUGCACUGACGGUUCGUCAUCAGGACCUUGAAAUUUUGAGAUCUUUUGCUGAUGGGGAAGGAAAAAAUCUAGCUUCUUUGCUGUUACAUUGUGUGCAACUCACGGAUGGAGUGUCACAAAUCCAUUAUGUUAAACAGAUUGUGCCUCUACUGGAGAAGGUAGAUAAAAAUGGCCUGUGCGAUCCCACUAUUCAAAGUUGUUUGGAUAUUUUAGCAGGCAUUUAUUUUUCUUUGAAUCUGAAGAAUCCCUUGAAGAAAGUAUUGGUAAGCUCACUAAAUGGCCUACCUGAAUUUUUUCUAACUGAGGCUAUAAACAGUUUUACUUCUCAUCUUCAAGAAGAAUUGAAUACUACUGAUCUGUACUCUUAUAGGAAAGUAAUUGACAAUAUAUCUUCCUGUAUGGAGAAUUUUAAUUUGGGUAAAGCAAGUAUUAAUAAUCUGCUUAAAAAUGUACUUCAUUUUCUGCAGAAGAGUUUAAUUGAAAUCCUAGAAGAAAAUAGAAAAUUUGCUGGAAAUCAUAUUGUUCAAACACAGUUGAUGAAUGACUUGUUGGUAGGCAUUAGAGUAUCAAUGAUGUUAGUACAGAAAGUGCAGGCUUUCCAGGGAAAUCUUUGGAAGGCUUCCAGUUCUCCCAUAUGGCAGAGUAUGUGUGACUUGCUGCAUAUUUUCACCAAGUUCUUAAGUGAUGAUGACCUGUUACAGACUAUUCAGAGUACAUCUGGAUUAGCUGUUAUUCUUUUUAUUAAGACUAUGUUUCAUCCAUCUGAGAAGGCUCCUGAGUUGAUUAGCAGUUUGCUUCUCCGUUCAGUAGACUGCACCAGCAUCCCUGGGUGGCUUAUGAGCAGCUGCAGGAGCCUCUGUUGUGCUGACAUCCCUGGGUCAGCUCUCUUAUUCCUGUGUCAGGGGACACUUGCCAUGUUGGACUGGCAGGAUGGGAGCAUGGGCCUGAGUGGAGAGGCCCUGCUUUUGGACACUGUGCACGUUUUGUUCACCUUGAGUUCACAGAUAAAGGAAUCAACAUUGGAAAUGUUUCUAUCUAGAAUCUUGGCAUCUUGGACACAUUCAGCUAUACAUGUCCUUGAAUCAAGUUCCUCAAGCCUGAAGGACAGUCUGAAUGGGAAUUCAAGCAUAAUUGGGAAACUUUUGGAAUAUGUCUAUACCCACUGGGAACAUCCAUUGGAUGCUCUAAGACACCAAACCAAAAUCAUAUUCAGAAAUCUUCUCCAAAUGCACCAACUAACUUUGGAACAGGCAGACUCAGUCACUGAUCCUUUCUUUUUGGAAUUGACUGAGAGUGUUCUGCUAUUGGAAUGGCAUAUUAAAGGAAAGUACAUAUGCCUUGGGUGUUUGGUAGAAUGCAUAGGAAUUGAACAAAUUUUGGCAAUAGAUAAAACUAUACCAUCUCAAAUCUUAGAGGUAAUGGGGGACCAGUCAUUGGUACCUUAUGCAAGUGACCUCUUGGAAACAAUGUUUAAAAAUCAUAAGAGUCAUUUGAAAUCUCGGAAUGUUGACAGCACUUGGAUUGAUCAGUGGCAUGAGACUUGGGUUUCUCCUCUCCUUUCUAUACUAUGUGAAGGAAGCCUGGAUCAAAAAUCUUAUGUGAUUGAUUACUAUUUGCCAAAAUUAUUGAAUUACAGCCCUGAAAGCUUAAGGUACAUGGUAAAGAUUCUUCAGACUUCUAUUGAUGCUAAAACUGGGUCUUGUAAUAACAGAGGGGCUCUGGGAGCUUUGAUGGCAUGCCUGCGAACAGCUAGAGCUCAUGGACAUCUUCAGUCUGCUACUGAUGCCUGGAAGAACCUUGUGUCGAGUGCAAGAGUCAAGCAAGGCUUAGUUCAUCAGCACUGCCAAGUACGGAUAGAUACAUUAGGCUUGCUUUGUGAAAGUAAUCGGAGCACAGAAAUUGUUUCCACAGAAGAAAUGGAGUGGAUUCAAUUCUUUAUCACAUACAAUCUUAACAGCCAGUCUCCAGGAGUGCGGCAGCAGAUUUGUUCUCUUCUUAAAAAGUUGUUUUGUAGGAUACAGGAAAGUUCCCAAGUACUUUACAAAUUGCAGCAAAGUAAAUCCACACAUGAACCAGAGAAUGAAUUAGUGAAAGAGCAGCCUUCUGUUUCCUUACAAUUGUAUAAGAAUUUCAUGUCAUCCAUUUGCAACAGUCUUUUUGAAGCAUUGUUUCCUGGAUCAUCCUACUCAACUAGAUUUUCUGCUUUAACCAUUUUAGGUUCAAUAGCUGAAGUUUUUCCUGUCUCAGAAGGUAGAGGCCAAACAGUGUAUCAACUGAGCCAUGAUAUUAAUGUUGAUCGCUUCCAAAUACUAAUGGAAUGUUUUACCAGCACUUUUGAAGAAGUGAAAACUUUAGCAUUUGAUCUUCUGAUGAAAUUAUCAAUAGCAGCUGUACAAUUUCAGGAUUCUGAGAAACUACAAGGCUUAUUCCAGGCAGCACUGGAGCUCAGCACAAGCACGAAACCAUAUGACUGCGUAACAGCUUCCUACCUGCUGAUCUUCUUGAUCUGGCAGGAUGCUCUGCCCUGGUCCCCAUCUGUGGCUACACCCCAGCAGGCUGCCUGUGGUGAUGGAGAUAAAUCUGCUGCCGUGGUGGAAAGGAACACAUUGUUAGUUAUCAAAUGCUUGAUGGAAAAUCUUGAGGAGGAGAUCUCUCAGGCUGAAAAUUCUUUGCUUCAGGCAGCAGCAUCCUUUCCUAUGUAUGGGCGAGUCCACUGUAUAACAGGAGCUCUGCAGAAGUUACCACUAAACAGCCUGCAGUUGGUGAGUGAGUGGAGACCUUUGGUGGAGAAACUUCUGUCCAUGUCCUACAGGCUCUCUGCCGUGGUGUCUCCGGUCAUUCAGAGCUCCUCGCCUGAGGGCCUCAUCCCCAUGGACACUGAUUCAGAGUCAGCAAACCGCUUACAGGUGAUUCUCAAAGAGAUUCAGCCACGAGAUACUAAUGAUUAUUUCAACCAAGCCAAAAUAUUGAAAGAAUGUAAUAGUUUUGAUUUGGAGGACUUGAAUAUCAGUGUGUCAAAUAUUGAUACUUCUGCAGAAAUCAAAGGUAAAGAAGAAAAAACAUGUGAUGUAACUGCUCAGAUGGUGCUGGUGUGUUGUUGGAGAAGUAUGAAGGAAGUUGCUUUACUUUUAGGCACACUGUGCCAGCUUCUACCUAUGCGGUCUAUGCCAGAAUCUUCUGAUGUAUUGUUAACAGAGGAGCAGGUAAAAGAAAUAGGAGAUUACUUUAAACAACACCUUUUACAGUCCAGGCACAGAGGCGCAUUUGAAUUGGCUUAUACUGGUUUUGUGAAACUAACUGAAAUACUAAACAGGUGCCCUAGCGUGAGUCUGCAAAAACUGCCGGAACAGUGGUUAUGGAAUGUUUUGGAGGAAAUUAAAUGCAGUGAUCCUUCAUCAAAACUCUGUGCUACAAGGCGCAGUGCUGGAAUUCCUUUCUAUAUACAGGCAUUGUUGGCAUCUGAACCAAAGAAAGGCAAAAUGGAUUUGUUGAAAAUAACAAUGAAAGAAUUAAUCUCCUUGGCUGGGCCUGCUGGUGACUCACAAAGCACAGUUCCUCAGGUUCAUGCUUUGAAUAUCCUUAGAGCCUUGUUUAGAGAUACUCGUUUGGGAGAAAAUAUCAUUCCAUAUGUUGCUGAUGGAGCUAAGGCUGCGAUUCUGGGCUUUACAUCACCUGUCUGGGCAGUGAGAAAUUCAUCCACUCUUCUCUUUAGUUCCUUGAUCACAAGAAUCUUUGGAGUUAAAAGGGGAAAGGAUGAACUUUCCAAAACAAAUAGAAUGACAGGCAGAGAGUUUUUCUCUCGUUUCCCAGAACUCUACCCCUUCCUUCUCAAACAGCUGGAAUCUGUAGCCAGUACAGUGGACAGUGAUCUGGCAGAACCAGAUCGUCAUCCAAGCAUGUUCCUCUUGCUUUUGGUGUUGGAGAGACUCUACCCUUCCCCGAUGGAUGGCACUUCUUCUGCUCUCAGCAUGGCACCUUUUGUUCCCUUCAUUAUGAGGUGCGGUCACUCGCCUAUCUACCGCUCACGUGAAAUGGCCGCUCGUGCCUUAGUCCCAUUUGUUAUGCUAGACCAGAUGCCCAAUACCAUCCGAACUCUGUUGGCCACACUCCCCAACCGCACUGACCAGUGUUUCCGGCAAAACCAUAUUCAUGGGAUGCUUCUCCAGGUUUUUCAUCUGUUACAAGCCUACACCAACUCCAAACACAGAACAAAUUCAGACCUUCUGCCGGAGCUGACUGACAUCACUGUUUGUGCAAAAGCCAAACUCUGGCUGGCCAAGAGGCAAAAUCCAUGUUUGGUGACCAGAGCUGUAUAUAUUGACAUUCUCUUGCUGUUGACAUACUGCCUCGACAAAGCCACAAAGGGCAACCAACCAGUUCUGGAGAGUCGUAGCUUCUGGGAGGAAGUCAGAGGGAUCGUCUCGGGGUCAGAGCUGGUAACAGGAUUCCCUUGUACCUUCAAGGUGCCGGGCCUGCCACAGUACCUCCAGAGCCUCACCAAAUUAGCCCUCAGAGCGAUGUGGGUGGUGCUGGACCAGACUAGAGAACAGACAGUGGAUGUUCCCGUCACCUUCUCACAGCUGCUAGAGUCUUCCUUUCCUGAAGUCCGCUUGCUGACACUGGAAUCCCUGUUGGAAAAAUUCUCAUCAGUAGCCUCUGGACCGGGAGAGAAGAGACUGCCAUCCUUGCUGGGCCAUAUGGAAGAGAAGUUCCUACUGUUGGCAAUGAACGAGAACCAUCCGGAAUGCUUCUGUAAGACACUGAAGAUUCUCCACUGCCUGGACCCCAGUGAGUGGCUUCCCCAGACAGAGCGCUGUGUUCAUCUAACCCCAAAGGAAUUCUUGGCCUGGACAAUGGAUAUUGCUUCCAAUGAGAGGUCUGAAGUUCAGAGUGUGGCUCUGAGGCUUGCCUCCAAAGUGAUUGCCUACCACUUGCAGACACAUGAAGAGAACAGGGUCUCAAUGGCCCCCGAGCUGAAGCAGUGGGUCCAGCUGGUCGUCUUGUCCUGCGGAGACCGCCUCCCGACAGCGUCCAGGCUGGCCGCCGCCGGGGUCCUCACCAGCACUGCGCCACUUUUCCUCACUAACCCCCGGCCCAUUCUUGAGUUGCAGGACACACUUGCUCUCUGGAGGUGUGUCCUCACCCUCCUGCAGAGUGAAGAGCAAGCUGUCAGAGAUGCAGCCACGGAAACCGUGACGACGGCUGUGUCACAAGAAAACACCUGCCAGUCAACAGAAUUUGCCUUCUGCCAGGUGGAUGCCUCCAUCGCUCUCACCUUGGCCUUGGCCGUCCUGUGUGACCUGCUUCAGCAGUGGGACCAGCUGGCUCCUGGACUGUCCAUCCUGCUGGGAUGGCUAGUAGGAGAGGGAGAUGACCUUGUGGGCUGUGUGGAGAGCACAUACCAGGAGGAAGAAGACUACCUGUUUGAAAAAGCAGAAGUCAACUUUUGGGCUGAGACCCUGACUUUCGUGAAAUACCUCUACAGACACCUCUUCCAUGUCUGCAAGUCCAGCUGGCCUCCCUCUAGCUCUGAGAGGCUGUGUCGCCUGCAGAGGACAGUGUCAGAGCAGCGCCACCACCUCUCUCAGCUCUUCAGAGAACUUCCACCCACUGCUGAGUUUUUGAAGACAGUGGAGUUCACCAGACUGCGCAUUCAGGAAGAAAGGACAUUGGCUGGCCUGAGGCUGCUGGCCUUUCUGGAAGGAAAAGAAGGGGAGGUCCCCUUGUGCUCAGGGGCUCAAACCCUCCUGCAGAAGCCAGUCAGCUAACCCCAAGAACAGAGGCAGCACGUUGAAGGAAGGCUUUGGCUCCAGAGGCAGUGGUACUCGCCUAUAAUCCUAGCCACUCUGGAGGCAGAGGCAGCAGGAGUCGCAAGUUUGAGCCAGCUUUGGCAAUUUAGCAAGACCAUCUCUCAAAAUAAAGGAAAAAUUUUAAAGGGCUGGGGAUGAGGCUCAGUAAACACACAUAAGGCCCUAGGUUCAAUCCCCAGUAUUCCUCUAAAUCUGCAAGAAACACAUCAAACAUAAAUUCAACUAUUUUCCCUCAUGCCUGCUCCAUUUCCGUGAGUCUAGGCUUGCAGAAACAUGUCAAACAAAUUCAGCUGUUUUCCCUUCAUACCUCCCCCACUGCUGUAAGUCUAGGUUUCUGUCACUUCCUACAGGGGAGAUUUUUCUUCAGUUCACUCAUUCAAGGCAGCCUAGUUUAUUGCAGCUACUGUAGGAAGUGAGGCUACCACACUGAAUAUUUACUCUGUCCCCAGGUGCAGGCCACCUGCAGGCCUGAAUUACCCUUUUCUGUCCCCCAGGAUUGCUAAUGUCCAAUAUAGCUGCCCUCUUUUCUGUGAAUUGACUACAGAAUUGAGUUCUAACAUACACAUAACUCCUCCUGGUUUUGUUUUUUGUUUUUUUUGACCAUGUAGGGGAUGGAUUAGUUGGGAAACAGCCCAUUUGGUCAGAUUUCUAAAUUGUAUUCAAUUUUAGCAAAGCAGAAAGAUGUUCCAAAAGUUGGAUCCUGGGAGAAUUAAAUAAGAAUCAACCUUAUGCAAAUAAUUUCCUUUUUAUCUGCACGUGUAAGUCCUGAGGUUGCCUACACAUUCCAUCCUGAUUAUUAAGAGAAUCAUGGAGAGUCCCUCAAUCUCCCCCCAAAAUAUGUGCUAAUGCCACAUAUUUUGAUUUUGCCACCCCGUGAAAGCAUGUAGUUUGGUUGUUAGAACGAACACAGGGAAACGAGAGCCAAACCAAGUGAUUUUUCCAUUUUUACGCUUACACUGUUUACCAUCAUGUGCUUGGUAGCAGUAACAGGAUUCUCAUUUAAGAUGCCAGCAAACACUAUCCAUUUCAAUGAUUUAAUCUAGAAACCUUAAAGGUUUUCUGCCUUUCCAAGCCCAGCCCAGUCCUCUUCCUCAGAUACCCAGCAGGUGGCGCUCUUGCAUACAUUUUGCUAUUGGUCUUGCAUCUUGCCAUUUUAAUUUACACUUUCAGUGUUACCCACAGUUAUCUUGAGAUCAUAACCCCAUCCACUUCAGCUAUCCAAAAAGGCCAGUUAGGGUCUGUGAAUUUUUUUUAAAUACUUCUCAGGUUGAGUAACAAUUAUGUUGAAGGUCUGAAGGUACAGAGUUCAGAGGACAGAGUUCAAUGUGGCCACUUCCUAUUCCAGAAGAGCUAAGAUUUCAAGUAUAAUUUGUUUAUCUGAGAGAAAACUACCCAACCCUAAAAACAUGGCCCUGCUAGAAGCAUGGAGAAAGGGCUCUGCAGGAAGCAGUGGAAAGAAGUCAACUCCAUAUCCAAAGUUCCAUCCUGAAGAGAACAGGAAAUUCCCUGGGUGGUUUCACAGCCAUUCAGCCCCAAAUGUGGUUUUUGUGAUCCUGAAUUAAUUACCUAGUUAGGCAUCUGUGUAGCCCACACCUGAUGGAGAGCUGCCAACCUAACACCUCUUUUUUGUUCUAAGAUCUAACUGGUAUGAAGUCAGGGAUUGGUGGGGUAAUUUGGUAAUAACCAUGGGAGAAUAAUUCUGAUGGGGGUCCAACAAAGCCCAGCUCACUGGAAAAGGGGCAUUCCUCCUUUCCCCAUUUGAAAUGAAAUAAAAGCAGGUAUGUAAUAGUAAAAAUAUUUUACACUAGCAGGUACUCUGUACCACAGCAUAUAAUAGAACAUGUACACACGUUAUCUCGAGAAUCCUACCAGGUCUACACAGUGG